AUGGGCGGGGGCGGGGCUGCGCUGGCUUCCGCCGCGCAGGCGCACUCGUCGCUCGCGCUGUCUGGAGUUGGUGUCCGCCCGGAAGGCGGGGCCGGGGACUCACAGAUUGCCCCACUGCCAGGGGCAGAGCUUGUCCAGACACCACUGCAGCUGUACCGUUACUUGUUGCGUUGCUGCCGGCAGCUGCCAACCAAGGGCAUCCAGGAGCACUACAAGCAUGCUGUCAGGCAGGGUUUCCGGGUUCACUCAGAUGAAGACAACCCUGAGAGAAUCCUGCAGAUUAUCAAAAGAGCUAUUGAAGAUGCCGACUGGAUCAUGAACAAGGUGACUCAAGUUUAUGUGAAGUUGACAAAAACUAGGUUAUGUCUAGCACUUCCACCUAGACCUGGAGUGGAGCACCACCCGGACUCCAGGACUAAGUCAGACUUCCACUUGCCAGGAGGGAUCAUUUCCUCAGAGAUCACCAGGUUGCUGGUCCCCUGCUGGAUGACAGUGGCCAUGGCCAGGUCUGCCCUCCCAGAUGAGGACAAGGCAAAGGGGGGUCUGCAGAGGUUGGGAAGCUGGUAUCUGGAUUUCCAGAAUGACACACCUACAUUGUAA